UCAAAUCAAUAGAUUUUGCUUAUUUUGAACAGAGAGAGGAUUAAGCGAGAGCCAGUGAAGCCAUGAGCAAUUACCGGGGCAUCGGAGGCGGCGGUUUCCCGUACAAGAAGCAGCCGAGUGGCGGCAAUAACAUGAGUGCCGUGCCACCGCCGCCGGCAUUAAACAACAAUCGUGGGGGAGGUGGUGGAUUUGGAUUCAGCAUUUCCCGAGGCAGAGGCGCCGCAUCGGGAGUCGCUGCCAGCAGCAGUACUACCACAUCGAAGCACGGCUACUCAACCCUGGAGUCCAUUAGCCAGUACACAAACUCCACAAACUUUGUGGGCAAACGCAAGCAGCACAUGGACGACGAUUAUUUUGACGACGACGAUGAGCCGACGCAUCAAUCACAGCCGGAACAGGCGUAUAUACCGGCGCCAGGAUCGCCAGGUGCGCCAGCGGCCAAGGCGGACUCGGACUCAGACGACGAUCCCUUGGAACAGUUCAUGGCCGGCAUCAAUAAGCAGGUGGAGAAGGAGAAAGUUCGUGCCUCAACUGAUCCACAGUUGAAGGCGGCUGCUCCUUUGGACAAGAAGGGCGUGCGUGGCGACAUCGAUGAUGAGGACGAUGAGGAGAGUUACUAUCGCUAUAUGGAAGAGAAUCCCAAUGCCGGUUUGCGUGACGAGGGAUCCGAUCAGGAGAUUGACUAUGAUGAGGACGGCAAUCCCAUUGCGCCGCCUAAGAAAAAGGACAUUGAUCCAUUGCCGCCCAUUUACCACUCAGAGAUUGAGUACGAACCCUUCGAACGUAACUUUUAUACACCCCACGAGGACAUUGCCCAGCUGGACGAGGAGCAGGUACGUGAACUGCGACGUACUCUCGGCGUCAAGGUGAGCGGUGCCUUGACCCCCAACCCAGUGAGCUCCUUUGGCCACUUUGGCUUCGACGAGCAGCUGCUCAAGUCCGUGCGCAAGGCGGAGUACACACAACCGACACCCAUCCAGGCACAGGCUGUGCCCGCCGCUUUAUCCGGACGUGACAUCAUCGGCAUUGCCAAGACGGGCUCUGGCAAAACGGCUGCCUUCAUCUGGCCACUGCUCACGCAUCUGAUGGAUCAGCGCGAGCUGCGCCCGGGAGAUGGACCCAUUGGAUUGAUACUCGCACCCACGCGAGAACUCUCGCUGCAGAUCUACAACGAGGCCAAGAAGUUCGGCAAGGUGUACAACAUCAAUGUUGUCUGCUGCUACGGCGGCGGCUCCAAGUGGGAGCAGAGCAAGGCUCUGGAGCAGGGAUGUGAGAUUGUGGUGGCCACGCCGGGACGCAUGAUCGACAUGGUCAAGAUGAAGGCCACCAACUUGAGACGGGUUACAUUUCUGGUACUCGACGAAGCGGAUCGCAUGUUCCACAUGGGCUUUGAGCCACAGGUGCGCUCCAUUUGCAACCACGUGCGUCCGGAUCGACAGACGCUUCUGUUUUCGGCCACAUUUAAGAAGCGGAUUGAGCGUCUGGCCCGAGACAUACUCACCGAUCCGGUGCGCAUUGUCCAGGGUGAUUUGAAUGAGGCCAAUCAGGAUAUUACACAGCAUGUUUAUGUGUUUCCCAAUCCGCUGCAAAAGUGGAACUGGCUGCUCUGUCACCUGGUCAAAUUCCUCUCGGAUGGUGCCGUUCUAGUCUUUGUCACCAAGAAGGCGGAUGCGGAGACGGUGGCCAAUAAUCUGCUUGUCAAGGAAUACAAUUGCCUGCUGCUCCACGGCGACAUGGAUCAGGCGGACAGAAACAAGGUCAUCACACAGUUUAAGCGCAAGGAGUGCGACAUUCUUGUGGCCACCGAUGUGGCAGCUCGUGGCCUGGACAUUCCCCACAUCCGCAACGUCAUCAACUACGAUAUUGCCCGGGACAUUGACACACACACACAUCGCAUUGGACGCACAGGACGUGCGGGGGAGAAGGGAAAUGCUCACACGCUGGUCACCGACAAGGACAAGGAGUUUGCCGGCCAUUUGGUGCGUAAUCUGGAGGGUGCCGAUCAAGAGGUGCCCGAUGAUCUCAUGGAACUGGCCAUGAAGAGCUCCUGGUUCCGCAGCUCACGCUUUAAGCAGGGCAAAGGACGCAAGCCCGUCAACAAUUUCAUGGGAUUGGGCUACCGUGAGCGUCCUGGCAGCGCUGGCAGUGGCUCCGGCGGCAGCUCAGGUGGUGCCAGCGGCCUGGGACCUGCACCCAAGACCAAAGGUCCUGCGCCGGAGCCGAGUAAAUCCCUUUCCGGUGCUGGACCUGCCACAGAUCGGUAUUCAGCGAUGCGCCAAGCCUUCCGCUCGCAGUACAAUUCACAGUUCCGUGCCUCCAGCGAUCGCACCUGGGAGCAAACGGUGCCGGAAACGGGCGUCUUUGCUGCGCCGCCGCCUCCACCACCACCGUCGUCAGUGGGAACAGGCACAGGAUCAGGAUCAGCAUCGGGAAACAGCAGUAACAAUAGUCGUGCCAAGAAGAGUCGCUGGAACUAAAGAGAUGAAUCGAUAGAAGACACCCAAAUCCAUGAAACCCCAUGCUCCAUGCUCAUCUUUAAUUUCAUAUUAUUUAAUGUGUAUUUGCUUUUGUUUCAUCAUUUAAAAUUACAACUUAACGACUAGCAUUAAUAUAAUAAUGUAUAAUAUAUAUCCAAUAUAUAUAUUAUGUUAGGUAAAUACUCGUAUAUACACUCUCCAUUCACAUUCACGCUCAGCCAAUGCCGAUUCAAUAAAAAUGUCAUUAAUUGUAAUUA